AUGUCACCGGAUAUAGUUGGAGGCACGCUCGUGAAAUUGGAGACUGCUGGAGUGAAGAUUGCAUUGGCUGAGCUAAGCUAUGCUAAGGACGUGGCGAACCCGCAAAUAUUCAAGGAGUACCGAAGCAUCCCAGCCAUUUCGGAUACCACAAGAUCCAAGGAUCUUGUGCAGUACUGCAAAGAUAUCGAUGCCGAGAACCCGAACGGUCUUCGCGAAGUAUACUGGCCGAUUGCCGUGCAGCUCAACGAGGAAUUCGCCAAGUGGGCCGUGAACUACUUCCACUCGGUCGUGCCACAAAUAUCCACCGUCUUUGGAGCGGCCUGUUCUUGUAUACCAGAGUUUGGGGAGAAUGCACUAGGUCUUGACGCUUCCAAUGGCCCGGUUCAUUUGCUGCAAGUCUCCUGCUGGUGGGAAAAUGCCGCGGAUGAUGGCACCAUCUACUAA